CUAAUCCAGUGAAAGCCAAUCGAUGUGUCCACGCCUGAGUGUAUAAAACUGAACCUACGGUUGUCCUGUCAUUCAUUCGAUUCGUCUGUCUUCAAGGUAGUGCACCAAGAACAACCAUACGAGACAAAGUCAUGAGGUCGUUUUCAGUGUUCUGUUACGCGGUGUGCGCGGUGACCGUUAUCGGUUCGACAAGGUGCGAACCGGCAGAGGACAGUGGUUCGACCGACAAAGCACCACCGGCCAACAGAAGGAGCAUCGGCGAGUACCAUGGACUGUACGCCCCAGCGUACCACACUCACUAUGGUGCGGCCGCGGCCACCUAUCACGGCCACUACGCUCCAGCGACGGCCCACUACCACGCUCACGGCUAUGCAGCUCCGGCACACUAUCACGGCCAUGGAUACUCACCGGCACACUAUCACAGUCACGGUUACGCACCAGCACACUACCACCAUCAUGAGACAACUGUGCACGGGUUCAAACACCAGCCUGUCGUCUAUCAGUCGGUGGUGCACACGUAUCCAACGGCCACCACAGUCGUCCACAAACCAGUGCCGGUGCCCGUCGCCCACCCCGUCCCGGUGCCCGUCGUCCGACCCGUGGCUGUUGAAGUUCCUCGGCCGUACCCAGUGGCCGUCAACCGACCAUACCCGGUGACCGUCAUCAAGCCCGUCGCCGUGCCCGUGGCCCAGCCGUACCCGGUGACGGUGUACAAACCGUACCCGGUGCCCGUGUACCGGCCGCUCCCUGUGGCCCCGGUGGCCAGGCCAGCCGCCACCACCGUACAUUACGUCACCAGACUUCCGACAGUUCGCGUACCGCUCGUCAGGUAUCCGGCACCGUCGUAUCACACGCACUCUUACGCUCCACACUAUCACGGUGCCGUGGCUUACCAGGGUCCGUCUGCUUAUCAGGGACAGUCAUCGUACCAGGCUGCACAGUCGUCGUUAUUGCAAGGAUCGACUGCUUACCAGGGAUCGUCUGCUUACCAAGGACCGUCGGCUUACCAGGGACCGUCGUCGUACCAGGCAGCGUACCCAGCAGAGGCAACGUCGUCUUAUCUGCAACAGCUGGCGGCUUUUAGAGCGGCCGGUGGCAACUACGAUGUGAACGAAGCGGCCGCACAGCAACAGACACUCCAAGACGAAUAUUCAUACCUACAAGAGCAACGGGACGUCGGCGCCACCGAUAUCCAUCACCAUCACCACGACGAUGAUGCCCAUCACCUGCACGAGCACGGCUUGAUCGACCAAGACGGUGAUUUAGGAUCUAGCGCGGGUUACCCAUCGUUGACGGCUGAUGAGACAUUCAAGAACAGCUUGGGAGUGCCGAACACCGACUACACAGGCAAGAAGAAAUAAAACAUUCACGACGACUACGUGGAACUUGCAAAACGACUGCAGCAGAUCUGCGAUGUCAACUCGAAACGCUAGGACUUGUCGAAAAAAAUUUCUUUCAAAUUCCCCUUGAACACCGCCUAGUACCGGGAGACGACUGUAUAUACUUUGUUUAUUGUUAUAUUAUUAUUAAUACUAUUAUUAUUAUUAUUAUUAUUAUUAUUUUUAUUAUUAAAUAUUAUGUAGUAUGCCAUCGAAUUAGUAGACUCGACUGUAUAGUCUGUAGAUACAUUGUGUCGUUUUGUUGAAAUAAAUUGGCAUGUAAUAAUUGUUAAAAAUGCCACUACAUAUAUAA